AUGUCAUGUUGUCUCAUCCCCGAUUAUGGGCCUUGUCCCUUGUCGCUCCAGAGGAUAAAACGAUGCGGUGUACGGGUCAUGAAUGUCUCUCCAUCUGCAUGUGGUGCUACUCCAAGUUCUGAAAGUGCAUACAACCAACGGUAUGGAGAAAAUUGUGAUUUGGAGACACGGAGAAACAAGAAGCGAAUGCAUAUGGAAGCAGGAGCAUCUGAAGAAUCCUCCAACAUAUUAUGUGACCAAAUAGUAGAAAACACAGGAGUGACCGUUCCAAACUUGGAGCCUUGGUUGCCGCCGUCAUCAGUUUCUUCUAGCAAAGCAAAGGAACAUCUUUCCCUUUCUGCUUUCAAUACAACCCGGUUUAUCACAUUUGUCUUGGGCACAGAAAAUGUGCUAGGCAUGUAUUUCAACACAUCAGAAAUCGACGAGCCAUUGUUUAUAAAUGAGAAAUCAUUCAAAGGAAUGCGUAAUCUCACAUUUCUAAAGUUUUACAAGGAGUGGUCGGAGGAGACUGGUGAAGGCAGAUUGUAUUUACCUCAGGGUUUCAUUUAUUUGCCCCGUAAACUCAGAUUGCUAUAUUGGGAUGAAUAUCCGUUGACCAGUAUACGUUUCAACUUUAGGGCUGAAAUUCUGGUUAAACUCACGAUGGAGAAUAGCAAACUUGAGAAGUUGUGGGAAGGAGACCAGUUCGAUUUUUUGAAUUUCGACAAAGCAGAAGAACAUCUUGUUGAACUCACAGUGCCAGGUAGCAAGCUUGAGAAGCUAUGGGAAGGAGUCCAGCAAGUAGACUUUUCAGAUUGUGAAGGAGUCACAGCUUUUAGUGAUGAAAGUGCAGUGACACAUAGUGCCGACGAUCGGCUACCAGUGACCGUGGAGGCUUCUUCCUUUCAUCUUGUAUACUUAAUAGUAUGUGCGAAGAAUUGUAAAUCCCUCCAGAGUAUAUCUCUCCAGUGUUUAUCUCACUCCUUCCUCAAUCCAAUGAGUUCCCUGAAAUUCCACAACUGCUUCAAUCUGGACCGAGAUGCACGAAAACUCAUCCUCCAGUCAGACUUCGAGUCUGUGGUCUUACCAGGUGGAGAAGUGCCUACGUAUUUCAGGCAUCGAGCUUGUGGAACUUCGCUAACGAUCCCUUUACCUAAGAGCUCUGUUUCUCGAAAAGUAUUGCGCGUUAAGGCUUGCGUCAUGCUUGAACCUCCAACCGGUUACAACAGGGAUCGUUCUGCAAGAAUCAGGGUACACUGGUACUUUAGAGGCAAAAGCAACAUUCAUAAUGUUUACGUUGACGUUGACUCCUGUGAUGUGGAUCAUCUGGUUGUGUUCCAGUUUGAGUUCUCUCUUUCAAAAGAAGUUGAUCGUCAUCCAUGUGAAUUGGACUACAACAACGUGGAAUUCAAGUUUGUAUAUCAUGGCAGUACUUGUGCCUGCCACACGUUUUUCCCUCACGACUACAAGCAAACUUGUCCUUAUUCAUUCCAGAGGAUAAAAGGAUGCGGAGUACAACUCUUGAAUGUCUCUCCAUCUGAGGAAGGUAGUGGUACAAGUUCUCAAACUGAGUACAACCAAAAGUCUGGAGAAAGUGACAUAGAUAGUGGGAGAAGUAAGAAGCGAAUGUGGAUGACUGUAAUAACACCUGAAGAAGCUUCCAGCACAAGAUUGAUGGCAAAUUUGGAGCUUUCCUUAGGGCAGGGUGGAGCUUCCGCCCAAAUGUCUUGUAGAAGUCUGAUACCAUCGUCAUCUGUUUCUUCGAGCAACUUUCAUGGCGAUGGAGCAUCGUCGCAUCUUUCCCUUUCUCCUUCUGAACCAUGUCUUGGGGAAGAAGCUUUGUAUUUUGAUCCCAUGAUAACGGAACAACAAGACACAGAGACACCCAUCGUGGAUGGUUCAUUGUCUCCACAGCUUAUCCACUUUUUACGGAUCAACUUGGGAUCGACCAUGACUAUAAUGACGGAGAAUAUUCCGAGAGAUAGAGCCCGUUUGCGGCUCAACUCCGGAGCCGGAGAAUCCUUCUUACAACGAAUAUUAAGGACGGACAUUGCACAACUACGAGGCAGUGAAGAAUUAUGGGAAGUCGCCAGGCUGCACAACUGUGAAUCUUCUUUCGCUGAGGGCACAGAAACAGUGCUAGGAAUAAAUUUCAACACAUCAGAUAUAAAGGGGCCAUUAUUCUUAGAUGAAAAAUCGUUUGAAGGCAUGCCUAAUCUUCAAUUUCUACGAGUUUGUGUGGAUCACUGGUUUCCAGAGGCUGAAGACAGAUUGAAUCUACAAGGUCACUGGUUCACUGAUCACUGGUUACCACAAGGUCUCCUCUAUCUGCCCCCGGGACUCAGAUUGCUUUCUUGGGAAAAAUAUCCAUCCAAGUGUUUGCCUUUUACAUUUAAGGCGGAGUUUCUCGUUGAGAUCGAUAUGAUGCAUAGUAAGCUUGAGAAGCUGUGGGACGGAACUCAGAUUUGGCCCAAAAGAUCUCACAGAGUUAAGAGUGACAAGCAAGACGCUCAGGAAGCUAUGGGAAGGCCCCCAGACUGUGGAGAAGUCACAGCAAUGAGUGAUGCAAUUGUGGUGGCAACAGUGUCAAUGGAGGAUCAAUUUCCUCCUAGAUCAUCCUAUGGGGGGUCAAUAAGGGAAUCUAUUUAUUGUAACUUCAAUAAUUGCUUCAAAUUGGAUGAACAUGCGCGGGAACUCAUCCUACGAUCAUACUACUCGGCUACGGUCUUGCCAGGUGGAGAAGUGCCUACCUAUUUCACGCAUCAAGCUUCUGGAUAUUCCCUAACUGUCACUGUACCUCAGAGCUCUCUUUCUCAAGAAUUCUUGCGAUUCAAGACUUGCCUCGUGGUUGACCAUGGAACCGACUUGUUUUUGGAGGUUUUCCCUUACGUUCUGGGGGUACGCUGGUACUUCAGAGGCAGAAGUGGUAUGCAUAAUGUUAGCUUGUACCCACGCAAGAUGGAUCAUCUGGUUAUGUUCCAUUUUGGGCUCACGCUAGGAGAACUCAGUGGUCCUCCAUCUGAUGUAGGCUACAACCAUGUGAAAUUUGAAUUUUUCCACCAUACCUAUGAUUGUUGUCACUUCGCCGAGCCUUGUCCCUUGUCGCUCCAGAGGGUUAAACGAUGCGGUGUAAGAGUCUUAAAUGUCUCUCCAUCUGCAUGUGGUGCUACUACAAGUUCUGAAAGUGAAUACAACCAACAGUCUGAGGAAAAUUGUGAUGUAGAGACAGGGAGAAGCAAGAAGCGAAUGCGGAUGGCAGUAAGAGAAUCUGAAGAAUCCUCCAACACAUUGUGUGGCCGAAUAGUAGAAAACACAGGAGGGAUCGUUCCAAACCUGGAACUUUCGUUAGGGCAGGGAGAAGCUUCCACCCAGGUUUCUUCUAGAAGAAAUAAGAUACCGUCGUCAUCAGUUUCUUCUAGCAACAACUUUCAUUGCGAAGGAGCAUCGUUGUGUCUUUCCCUUUCUCCUUCUUAUCCAUGUCUGAAGGGAGAAGCUUCUUGUGUUGUUGAUCCCAUGAUUACCGAACAACAAGAUACAGAAACAACAAUCGUGGUUCAUUCAUUGUCUCCACAGUUCAUCAACAAUCUUUCUCUUUCUCCUUCUGAACCAUGUCUCGGGGGAGAAGCUAUAUUUUUUGACCCCAUGAUAACGGAACAACAAGACACAGAGACAUCAUCCAUCGUGGAUGAUGAUGGAGAACUUUCCGAGAGCGAGGAAUCCGUUUUGCGGCUCAACUCUGAAUGUUCGUAAUUUCUUCUUUCCCAGAAGACGGAAGCAUUUUGUUCUUACUUGUCUGUGUCUGCUUCUUCGAGAAAUUUCCCUUUCCUAAAAGAUGUAAAUAUGUCUCAAUCAGAGAAACAUUCUGUAGAGAACAAAAUAUAUUUUUGGCAGGUUUUUCCGUAAAAAUCUAUCGGAUUUUAGUCCAAAGCAGCCUUUUGCCAUUACAAGAAACAUAUAUCUUAAAGUGUAUGAUACCAAAAAAGCUUCUUCCUUUUUAGGCAAUGACUAUUAUAAUUGUAACGAAAAAAACAAAAGAAAAUGUAUUCACAAGAUAAAAUUAACAAAGAAAAAUGUUAUGGAACUAAUGUCAAAUAGCAAGACCUUCGUCAUCAGCAACAACAGUUACAUCGCUGUUUCCAUGACGUUUCCUACACUCACAGUAAAAAACGGUAACUACAACAUAACUCAGCACCACCUCAGCCCCAUACAUACAAACCAGCCUCCACCCGUCCCAGCCACCGCUCACCACCACCGACCUCCACCACGACCCUGAGCUCGAGUCCACAUCUAGCUCCUUCGCCAGCUUCUCCAUCCCACGACCAAUCAAACUCGACAGAAACACAAACACACCCGCCAAAGCCAAUCCCGUUAUCCUCCUCCCUUUCAUCAGGGCGCUUCCUUCCUUAAUCGCAUCAAAACCGUAUCUUUCUUCUAUCACAGAGACGACCAGACCAAGCCCUGCUAUAGCCAUUAUGUAUACCUCAACGCCGUGGCUGAGAACCGUGAUGAGGUAACGCAAUGUGGGUGUGUAACCCAAGAGAGCUGAUAGAAACAUGGGAACUGGUGAGUAGAGGAAGAGCAGACCAUAGACGACAAUGGAAGUUGCUGUCACCCGCAUCCAUGAAGACUUCACUGAAGAUAAUGAAGACUUUAGAGACGGGUUUAUGCCGUGGUGUGAGAAGGAAGUUGAUGUGACGACGGUAAUGGAGGCUAUACAGGAGAGGACGAAGGACGGGACGAAAUACCGGAACUUGAGGUGUAAAAGCGAGACGGCGUCUUCUCUCGACUCUUGCCAGAUCUGUCUAGCUUCAAACCGUGUGUGCACGACGUUGGCAAGGGCUUCUAGACGGAAGACAUGGUUUUUGAGACGGAAGGAGGAGAGAGUUAGGGAGAGGUGUAAGGCUGCGAGAGGGAUCGCUAUGAAGGCAAAGAUUGGGAGUAAGAUGUGUUUGUUUCUGAAGAGAAUCAUGAAUGAAUCAAGGAGCGUUGUGGUGAUCCUCGUGGAAGAACCAGGUCGCUUUACCUCACUCAUGGUUUCGAAAGGCACAUAGGAUAGGUGUCUGCUGCUUAAGCUUCAAUUGAGACAACUCAAAAACUGUGUCGACACUAUGCUUCUAGAGAAUGUCUUGUAUGAGGCCUGCAAAUUUGCGAAAACACCGAUUGGUGUAAGAGGAAAAUCAAAGAAGCUUGCUUGGAAAGAGAGUUCAUUGAUUUGAGAGAUGGAACAAGUCAAUAUUGGGUGGGAUUUAAAGUUUAAUCACUGUUAUAUUAUUAACUGG